AUGGCCGAAGAGAAAAAAUCACGGUCGAAGCGGCCGAGCUCCAAGAGCUCCAAGUCCAAGCGCAGCAAAGACGUCGAACCCAGUGUUGAUACCGAUGUCGAUGUCGCCAUGAAGACGGCCGAUAUGCAGCAAGAAGACGAGAAUAAGGAAAAUGCUGUCGAGAAUGGCGAUGCCGCUAGCGAAAAGAAGCAGAAGAAGAGCAAGAAGCGCAGGCUUGUCGAAGAGGAUGGCGAGAAGGAGGCUGUGAGUGAAGAGAAUAAAGAAGAUGAGAGCGAGCGCAAGGCGAAGAAGUCUAAGAGGGUUGCGUUCUCCGCGGAGACACAGGUCAAGUCUCCGUCUCCAUCGCCUGUGGAGGGAGAUGAGGAGGCAGAAGCCGACGACGAGAAUGCGGAUGCAGGCAAAAGGGAGAAGAAAAAGAAAAAGAAGGAGAAGAGCAAGAAGAAGACUGAAGAUGUUACGGAUACAGCGACAAAGCAGAAAUCUGGCGAGGCCCCAGUGCUUGGCUAUCUCGAUCAAUAUCACAAUGACCGGUCAUCGUGGAAAUUCCAGAAGAUCCGCGAGAUUCAGCUCUUCAAGCAUAUUCUGUCACUGGAGCAAAUUCCGGCUACUUAUGAGGCUGCUUUACUUUCAUACCUGCAGGGGCUGAGAGGUGAGGCCGCGAAGCAGCGGUUACGAGAGGUAGCUCAAGCUGCUAUCAAGACGGAUGUCGAGGAGAUCAAGGAGACCAAUAUGGACCUGACCGAGAAGCCGUCAGACGACCAGGCGGAGUCGCCGACGGUGAACUACAGGAAGGCUAUCUACGCUUUCCGAACGAAGUUGACCGCUGGUGAACUGACGGAGGAUCUCGGCGAGGCGUUUGAGCAAUUGAACGAGGAGGUGUUGAAGAGGUUCCAAAAAAGGCGACGUGCUGAGAUCGUAUACUUUGCGGUGGAUGGAAGGGUCUUUACCAUGUCGAAUCUGAAGGCACCGCCGCAGAAGGGCAAGAUUGCCGCCCCCCAGCCCGCGAAGAAGAAGAAGAACCGAACUGCCGUCGUCGAGAUUUCGAGUAGUAGUGAGAGCGACAGCGACAACGAUGACGAUAAGAAGAAGGAGGAGCCUCAACCCGUGAAGAAACAGCCCGCUAGGAAGAAGAAGAAGAAGAGCCGGACCGCCGUCGUGGACAUUUCAAGCAGCUCUUCGUCGGAUUCGAGCAGCGACAGCGACUGA